AGUUGCAAAGCCUAAUGUGCGUGGUUUACUAAAUUGUAGCCUAUUUGUGCAACAAUUUGUGCAAUUAUCUUAAGUAACCAAUUCAUGUCGUACAAUAAUAUUACAACACAUGUUUUCUCGUCUCCAAAUGUGUCUGCAAAAUGUUCUAUAAAACAUACAUAGGCUUACAGAAUCAACGUGUAUAACAUAUGUGGGAAAUAUCUUGCGAAACAUCUUGGGUAAUGAUCAACUCACCAAUAUUAACGCAUGCAUUGAUAUAGUAGCAGGUUCGCUUUGAACAAUUGUUAUGUUUGAAAAGAUUUUGAUGACGAGUUUCGUAAACAAAAGUUUUCUAGAAAGUGCUUUGCACGAUCAUAUAACACUAUUGCACCCUCUGCUGGGGGCUUGAAUUCUUGCAUGUCUAUUGAAUUACUUUAUUAAUUGUCGAUGGCAAUGACAUGUUGCAAAUGUCAAUAUCAGAGAAACUAUUUGCAUUGCUUUACAACUACUUUGAAUACCGGUAGCAACUUUUGUGUUCAGGUAUUUAUUUAUGAUUGUGUCAAAAAUAAACAAUGAAUCAAGACAUUAAGCCUAUCCCUGUCCACCUGACUGUUGCCUCUGCUGUUUUGAUUGGCCUAGUACAGUACAAAUAUGGAUGCUAACCACUGCUUUAUGUAGCCUAAUAGAAACAGUUUAUCAUGGAGGACUCCACAGAAUUCAUUCUCCAGGAUCAAGGCUCCAGGAUGGUCCAUAGCAGUAAGGACAACCCCAUCUUGACAGUUGCUACUGGGGCUUUGCUCGCUGGCCUCUACGGGAUGUGGACUAUGUUUGCCCUUCCUGGCUUCCGCAAAGUGCCAAGAAGACUCAAGGUGCCUUACCUGCCCUCGAGUAAAGCUCAGAUCGUAAACGCCAUGCAGCUGCUGGAGGGACGCAGAGGCCAACUAGUUGAUCUGGGAUCAGGAGACGGGAGACUGGUGUUUGCUGCCUACUCUGUUGGCCUCCAGUGUACUGGAUUUGAGAUCAACUCCAUGUUGCUGGCAUAUGCUAGAGUGAAGGCACGCUGGACAGGAGUAGCACCCAGCCAGGCAAACUUUGUCAACAAGGACUUCUGGAAGACUGAUUUGUCAAACUACAACAACGUGACUGUAUUCCUAGCCCCAGGAUUGAUGGAGGUGCUGGGUGAGAAGCUUCUGAGGGAGCUUCCUGAUGACGCGUGUGUCGUCGCCUGCCGCUUCCCCUUCCCCCAGUGGCCCCACCAAGCAUCGCAGGGCGACGGCCUCGACCAGGCCUGGGCCUAUGACAUCAGCACUGUACGCUCAGCCCUGGGCCAGGCAUGACCCUAUGACCUUAUACUGUGCAUCGAUGACUGGAUUAAUCCUAAUGUCGUUCACUGGUUCACACCAAACCCAAUAUAUGCUAAUUAACAGUUGAACAAGAUGAGAAAAAAGAAGAAACCCGCACACUGCUCUUGAUAGUAUCACUGCUCUUUACUAAGCUCUACAUAUCGGCCUCAUGUCCUUCCUCAGAGCUUUUGUGUUAAAAAAAUGUUUUUACACCCUUAUGUAGACAUAGCUCCACUCACAUCCGUUCAAUGCAUCGAAUGGGAUUGGAGUUGAGGGGAAAAUAUUAGAAUAUUUAUGAAAUGCACAUUGUUAUAUUUGGUAACGCUUACUUAAGUGUUUACAUAAAACAUAUUAAACACGUCUGUAAAACCACAAUGAGGACAUCAACCCAUCAAGCAAGUUUUCAUAAAUCAUUGGUUACAGCGCAAGAAAAACAUCAGAGUAAUUUGAAAUGGUGGCAUUAAUUCAUGUUCACAUUUACAACAUAAUGUAUAAAGGCAUUUCAUCAUUAAGACCUUUAGGAAAUAAUGUCUGGAGGGUGAAAAUCCCAAAACAUUGUCUUUUGCUCAGAGUGUUAUUUAUAUCGCCUCCCAUGUCUGAUAUCUUAACUUUCUCUAUGCCACAAAAUCAAAAGGUAGAAAUGUCAUGUUUUUGGUCUUUAAAAUGUACUGUGACUAGAUAAUACCUGUCGUUUCUCCUGAUUGAACUAUUACGUUCACUAAUUGUCUGUUUGAGAGAACCAGAGGUUUUACCUACAGAACACAGCCCACAUGGACAUUUAAUAAGGUAAAUAACAUGGGUGGUAGAGCACGUAAUAAUGUCAUUUAUUUGGAACCGUUUUCUUGUAUGUGGGUGGCAGAAAUAUUCACACUUCAUUAUAUUGUUGCACUGUGCACAACCUCUGCAUUUAUAGUUACCAUUCAGAAGAGGGCGUUAAAGAGCCCGGCUCAUUUUCUUUUGUGGCUGGCAGUUGGCAUGGACCAAUUUCUCGUGUAAAUUGCUACCUCCUAUAUACAAUACAUCGUGGAUUCUUAAAUUCAGUUGGCAAAGCUGGGUCUGAUCAUAAAACAUGCCCGUGUUUCUUGACAGCAUCUCCCACUUUGCGCGAGUUCAAAGUAUAUGUGGAGGUGAACAUUACAGAGUGUUCUUUAGCUUUCGUGGGUCUUUUUUGUAGCAGUUCAUCUCGUGUUUUCACUAAUGCCAAAUUAAGAGCUUCAUCCACACAUUGUAAUACUAGCAAGAGCAGUUUGUUGAUUUAUUGAACAAUAUAUGAAGGGUGAGGUGUGUGUCAAGCUUCAUUGGUCACAUGUAAAGGAAGGGAAUUAUAAACAUGUCCUUACCCUGUUAUUAAACCAGGUGCCAGAUACUGUAUGUCCUGCGAGAACAAAUAUGCAGAGCAUUUGAAGUAAUUAUGUAAAUUAGUCUUUCCCACUGUGGUGUGAAAGUAAGGUUGCAAACUGAGAGAAAUUAAUACAAUUCUAUUUUCUGGA